CCGCUGUUAACUGUAAGAGAUCGUCACAUUUUUCAUGAAGAAAGCACCUCGGGCGCAAUAUGGCGUGGUGUUUCCACGAGGCAUCCCUGCCUCCACGAUGGAGCUUGUUGAGGGAAAGCUAAAGUCGUCCAAGUUGGCGGUGGUGUCCGAAACAGUCUCCAAAGGCAAAGCAUUCCUCGACGAGCACAACGGGAGGGUGUUGACCGUGAUCGCGUCGCGCGACUUGCUGGAACUGGAGGCCGAGUCCCAGAGCUUGCUGAAAUCAAUCGUGGAGCCCGAUCGACAAGUCAAGUCGCCGAGCGCUUUGGACGUCAUUGGGACCCAAUUUCGACGGAAGGAGCCAUUUGAGGUGCUUGGCGCGGCGGAGAAAUUCCUGCAUUAUCACGACCUGGAUAGCCCGGACACGUUCUUCUCGUCCAGCGAAGAGCUUCACUUGCUUCACACGUACAUCGAGCGAGUGCUUCGGGAAGAUCCCGUGGACUCGAAAGAGCCGCCCCUCGAACAACACCACGCCACGUUCCAUUUGAUUCCUCUGCACGACCACGCGACCAAGAUGCAUCUGUGGAACACCUUCAAGUGGUCCAUCUUCCCCUCCAACUUGACCCUCGCGAACGCCAUGGAAGCGUACUUUGGCGCGAAAGUGGCGUUGUACUUUGCGUGGCUGCACUUCUUCACCGUGUUCCUCGCGGGUCCGGCCGUGGUAGGCGGGGCGCUGGCCCUGUACGAGUCCGUGUUUGUGGCGGAUGCUUCCGGGGACUCUAUGAUCGCGCCCUUCUUUACGCUUCUCAUGGUGGUAUGGAGUGCAUGCUUUGUGCAGUUCUGGGCCCGGCGGUCGGCCACGCUAGUGUGCGGGUGGGGCGUGGUCGAGUCCACUUCGUUUUCCCGGCGUCCGGAAUUCCAAGGCCUGGUGCACGUCAAUGUCUUCUCGGGGGAGCGGGGCGUCACGUACCCGUACUACCGGCGCCUGUACAAGUACGCGGUCUCGGCGUCCAUGACGGGCGGGAUGCUCGUGGCGGCGUUCUGUCUCAUGGUGGUGUCGCUCAACUUUCAAGGGUACAUCCACGACGACUCGGUGUUAGGGUCGUAUCUCCAUCUGCCGUGGGUGCACCAGUUCUCUCUGCCGGGCGCCGUCUUUGACCAGCAAGGCGGCGGGCCGUACCCGUGGCUGCUGCCUUACAUCCCCACGAUCACCCAUGCGUCGUGCAUCAUGUUUCUGAAUUUGAAGUACCGCGCCGUGGCCGGGAUGCUCACGGACUGGGAGAACCACAAGACCGUCGACGCGUACGAAGACGCGCUCGUGCUCAAGCGGUUCCUCUUUGAAGCGUUUGAUUGCUACAUUGCACUGUUCUACUUGGCGUUUUGCCAGCUCGACGUGGUGCUGCUGCAAAAGGAGCUCGUGUCGCUGUACACGUUGGACACGAUUCGCCGUGUGGGCAUUGAGACGAUCCUCCCCUUGGUCUUGCGAUGGUACAACGACCGAGUGGACAGCUCGAUGAAAAAAGGAGACUCGAACAAGCCCAACGGUGAUGACGAGAAUGUCAGUGCUGCUACGCUCCAACUGGUGGAGCAAGUGACUGGCUUUGACGAGUACGAGCCGUUCGACGACUACAUGGAAAAGGUCAUUGAGUUUGGGUACAUUGUGCUGUUUUCGUCGUGCUUUCCACUGGCGGCGCUGCUGAGCGUCGCGUCCAACCUGGUGGAGCUCAAGGCGGACCAGUUCAAGCUCAUCUUUGUGCACCAGCGGCCGCGCGUCCACCGCGUGGGUUCUGUGGGCAUUUGGCAGACGAUCGUCACAGGCCUUGUGUGGCUGUCGGUGCUCACGAACGUGUUUCUGUUUGGCUUUACCACGGAGCAAAUGAUGAUCUGGCUCCCGUCCUACUUUGCGGUCCAGCACGUGGACGACGCGAUCUUUGGCGGCGUCGACCACAUCCACGUGGCGGCGAAAGGCCGCGAAACCGCCGUGCUCGGCCUCGUGUUCUUUCUCGAGCACGUAGCCUUCUUUGUCGUGCAGAGCAUCUUUAGCUUCAUCCCCACCGUCCCUGACAGUGUCGCAGAGGAGAACGCGCGACGGCAAAGGGUGCUCUUGCGCAAGAAAAACAAGCACUUGAUCCAAGCCCCGUCCGCCACCCUCCAAACAGUAGCAUAAGUCCCACACAGUUUUCGGAGCUCGGAAGGAGCUUGAUACUCCGAUACUACAUACAUGCACAUCACAAUAACUAUGUUUUGCAGUGGAUUGGGACGAAGUUGCGACAUCUCUUGAAGUUAAUAAUAUUAGAGACUUUUAGCAAGUGCGAA